UUUUCGGAAGAGUGCGAAUAAAGUAAAGCGGUGUCGUGCAAAAAAGAGUAAUUAUUAAAUAACAAUUAUAAAUAGCUAAUAUACUUGGCCAGUGUGCGGUUGUGUCUGCCUGCACGAAAAACCUACUUUCUAUCGCCGGUUAACACUUUUAAAAAAAAGGAUAUAGAUCUAGGAAAGAAAGAAGAGAAAACUUGAAUAUAAAUCAAUAAACGUCGAGUUCAUAAAGUUAAAUCUUCGAAGAGUCAACAUGCUGCUGCAGCGGAACAAAUUAGGCAGCGUACGGCCACCAAAGCGUUGCAGGAGCGACAUGGACAACACCUCCACCUCGGACAUUGUCAUCAUCAAUGGCAACUCGCAUCCGGAUCUGGCCAACAUGGUGGCCGAGCGUAUGGGCAUCAAGAACGGGGGCUGCUCCGUGUUCCACAAGUCCAACAGGGAGACCAUUGUGGAGAUCAGUGAUUCCGUUCGAGGCAAGGACAUCUACAUCAUCCAAACGGGCACUAAGGAUGCCAACAACAACAUCAUGGAGCUGCUGAUCAUGGCCUACGCCUGCAAGACUUCCUCGGCUCGCUCGAUCGUGGGAGUGAUUCCAUACUUGCCCUAUUCCAAGCAGUGCAAGAUGCGCAAGCGCGGCUGCAUUGUGUCCAAGCUGCUGGCCAAGAUGAUGUGCACCUCUGGCCUUACGCACAUCAUCACCAUGGAUCUGCACCAGAAGGAAAUCCAGGGCUUCUUCGACAUACCCGUGGACAAUCUGAGGGCGUCGCCCUUUCUGCUCCAAUACAUUCAGGAGAGCAUUCCUGACUAUCGCAACUCGGUGAUUGUAGCUCGCAACCCAGGCGUGGCCAAGAAGGCCAACUCCUAUGCCGAGCGACUGCGUCUUGGCCUGGCCGUCAUCCAUGGCGAACAGAAGGAAACGGAUGCCGAUGAGGUCGACGGUCGCUACUCCCCUCCACCGACCAGUGCGUAUAGCAAUUUAUUAGGAAAUUCAGUUGAAAUGUGCUUACCAGCGACGCCUAGAAACUCUACUCCACAACACGCCCCAACCAGCAGCGCCCGCCAGCGAACCACCUCGGUGUCGGUGGGUGUUCCGGAGCACAUUGUCAAGGUCAAGCCACCGCUGACCAUUGUGGGAGACGUCAGUGGACGCAUCGCCAUCAUGGUGGAUGACCUGAUCGACGAUGUGCAGGCCUUCGUGGCCGCCGCUGAGAUGCUGAAGGAGAACGGUGCCUGCAAGAUAUACGUGCUGGCCACGCAUGGUCUGCUUAGCUCGGAUGCACCGCGUCAGCUGGAUGAGUCGCCCAUCGAUGAGAUCGUUGUAACCAAUACCAUUCCACACGAGAUCCAAAAGCUGCAGUGCCAUAAGAUCAAGACGAUCGACAUCUCCAUUCUGAUCGCUGAGGCCAUUCGCCGCAUCCACAACAAGGAGUCCAUGUCCUAUCUGUUCCGCAACGUAACGCUGGAGGACUAGGCCCACCCACACACCCACUCAUACAACCACUCACAAGUCACACAAAUAGUGUUGGAACCGACCCGUUUUGGGUAGUUUUUCGUUUGUUUAUCGCUUUUAGACAUCAAUUCAACGUGCGCCCAGCGCACGUAUGCUCAAAUAAAAUUGAUUGAUAUCCCAGAUAAUGUAGCACACUUUUAGGCCUCACAUAUACUCCACACUGUCCUACAUGUUGUGCGUUCAUCUACGGCUAACCACUUCCGUCUAGUUCUUAAGUCAGAGAUCCCACAACUUUGUCCAAAUAAAAGCCAAUUGUACACAA